CUUUGAGCUAAAAAUUGAAGCUUUGGAGGGAGUAAUUUAUAGCCUUCUCUAGGCUUCCAUCCGAGAACAUAUCUUACAGGUUUACCUCUUCUCCAUUGGUAAUAAAUUUGAAGCAGGUUGAUUUUUCUGUUCAUCAAAGAUUAAGAAGAGAAGUUCCUGAGCUAGCAAUGUCGUUUUGAAUCUUAAAUGUCAAAUAGAGAUCGGCCUUUCCUUUAAAGAAAGUUUGUACCUUGAAGUUCUUGGAGUCUACCACUUCAGUCAGGUUUCAGCUGCUAUCUAUCUAGGAAGAAAUUAUAGAUGGAAGAAAAUUUUCCUCUUGCUUGGUCAUUGACCAUUGGAACAUUAUUGCUCAUUGUCUUCCUUGUAAAACUUCUGAAAGAUAGAAGAGAAAGAGUUGAUGGAAGAACUUCAAAAUUGCCGCCUGGGAGAAGAGGUUGGCCAUUGCUUGGUGAUAGCAUUAACUGGAUCAGUUCUGUAGCAAGCUCUCAUCCACCUCGUUUCGUGGAAGAACAGGUGAAAAGGUAUGGAAGGAUUUUCUCAUGCAGCCUCUUUGGCAAAUGGACUAUUGUUUCAGCCGAUUCCACCUUUAACCGGUUCAUAAUGCAAAACGAAGGAAAACUGUUCCAGUCGAGUUACCCAAAGUCUUUCAGAGAUUUGGUCGGAAAAAAUGGUGUUAUUACUGUCCAAGGAGAGCAACAAAGAAAACUCCAUGGAAUAGCUUCAAAUAUGAUGAGGCUUGAGAAGCUUAAGCUCCAUUUCUUGACAGAUAUCCAGAUGGUUAUGCUUCAGACUUUGAACAAUUUCCAAAACAAUCAAGUUAUUCUUCUUCAAGACGUUUGCAGAAAGGUGGCUAUUCAUUUGAUGGUUAAUCAACUUCUGGGUACAUCGAGUGAAUCAGAAAUAAAUGAGAUGGCAAAGUUGUUCUCCAACUUCGUUGAUGGUUGUCUUUCUGUUCCCAUCAGGAUUCCGGGUUCUGCUUUCCACACUGCCAUGCAGGCAAGGGAGACUAUCAUUAACAAGAUCAACAAGAAAAUAGAAUUCAUGAAGAGGAAACAACCAGCAACGGAAUCAGGCAGCAAUGGCGUCCUGGGGAGACUAAUAGAAGAAGAGAGCCUACCAGAUGAGGCCAUUGCAGACUUCAUCAUUAACCUGCUCUUCGCCGGAAACGAAACGACGGCCAAGACCAUGCUCUUUGCUGUUUAUUUCCUCACUCAGUCUCCCAAGGCUUUGAAUCAACUAAUGGAAGAACAAGAUAAGCUAAGAAGUGCUACUUCAGAUGAUCCAGUCAUGCUUACAUGGGAAGAUUACAAAUCAAUGGCGUUCACCCAGUGUGUCAUUGAUGAAACUCUUCGACUUGGGGGGAUUGCAAUUUGGUUGAUGAGAGAAGCAAAAGUGGAAGUUCAAUAUGAAGAUUUUAUCAUUCCAAAAGGGUGCUUUGUAGUUCCAUUUCUUUCAGCAGUCCACUUGGAUGAAACCUUGUACAAAGGAGCUCUCAAUUUCAAUCCUUGGAGAUGGAUGGACCCUGAAAACCAGGAAAAGAGAAAUUGGAGAAGUAGCCCCUUCUAUACUCCAUUUGGGGGUGGUGCUCGAUUUUGUCCUGGAUCUGAGUUGGCUAGACUUCAAAUUGCUCUUUUUCUCCAUUACUUCGUCACCCAAUACAGGUGGACCCAGAUUAAGGAGGACCGGAUGUCAUUCUUUCCUUCUGCUAGAUUAGUGAAUGGCUUUCAAAUCCGCAUAAACAAGCGAGCAGAUGAGGUUUCCGUUUCAAUGCACUGAAAAUAUUGCAUUUCCCCUACUCUCACCCACUUUUCAUUUCUUUGUACCUUCUCACAUGUGUGUAUUCAAUGUGAUUUGUAUUAUAUAUUUCAAUAUAGUCAUAAAAGAGUGAAAUGCAAUGUUUAUAGAACCAACAUGAGUUAUAAUUACAU